ACUGUCUUGAACACAUGUCAUGUGUGUUGAUGGAGCAACAAGCCGAGGCGCGACGAGCCCGCUCACACCACAGGAAGUCGAAGACAGGUUGUGAGCGAUGCAAAUCCCGAAAGGUCAAAUGCGACGAGGCGAAGCCGCAGUGUGAUGCCUGCAGGCGUCAUGGAGAGGAAUGCGUUUACAACAUCUUCAAAGUCCCGAUAGUGACAUCCUCAGGUCGGACUUCACCAGGGUCUCAGCCAUUGGCGAGCGGUGUCGAAGGACCAGGUGAUGCUCAGACUGGGUCUGGGUCCACGGUGACUGAGGGAGACGUUAUCUACAACAUUGUCGAGGAAAAGGCAGAGCGAAUGCUCCAGCUCAGACUCUUGCACAUCUUCUACCACGUCAUUUCCUCACCCUUCGCAGUGCGGCAAAGCCCCGAGGUCGAGUCGACAUGGCAGAUGGACAUUCCGCAAAUUGCUUUCGAACACGACAACCUCCUGUACGCGAUCUUUGCCGUGUCGGCGACAUGGCUGUUGCGUUCACAGCCGAACAACGUAGACCUACAAAUCAGACGUGAUCGGUACGUUGCUCUGGCUCUGCAGGAACAGCGGCAGGCCAUUGAUCAGUUGAGCGAGUCCAAUGCAGAUGCUGUAUCGUUUGCAGCAGUACAGAUUCAGUUGAAUUCGUUCGCGAUGCUGAACGAACGAAUCCAACCCAUCGCCGGCGGUUACGAGGCCACCGUCGAAUGGCUCAAAACCGGGAACGGUGCGGGACGGAUUUUCAGCAUGGCGGCGGAGGCGGCAAAAACCAAUUCCAACCGCAAGUUCCAGGUCGUUCUAAAUGCUCCGCCGGCUUUCCCGUCCGAUGGCGACGACCACUUGCCUUAUGGCAUUCCUCCCCAAUCGCGAGAUGUACUUGAAGGCAGCCUUGUCACCAAAGAAGGACUGAGUCCGGCUACGCGAGAUGUAUAUGAGCAGACGUUGCGCUAUCUGGGCAUUCUCCAUCACUAUGUCUCCGAAGGGAAACCCGGAUACUUUGCUGCACGAAGCAUUCAAGGGUUUGCAAUGCUUGUUCCCAAGGAGUUUACCCGUCUUGUGGAAGAAGGCCGGCCUGUUGCCCUAGUUGUUUUGGCACAUUUCUUCGCGCUUGCUGCCCAGGUAGAGGACAAGCCUGCCUGGCUCGGAGACGCUCCUCGCAAGGCCAUCCACGCCAUUUCGCGCACGCUGCAUGGAGACUCCGACACUAUCCUCCAGGAGAUGGAAUGGCCUUGCAAGGUGGCUUCUGCAAAGUAACAGUAGAGUGAUCUUUUCCGCUGUAAGGUCUUGUGGUCAACAGGAUAUAUGAGUUUCCGAGAUCUUUCGUCGGAGGAAGAAUUGUUUGAGG